AUGACGCAAACGCAUACUUUAUUCGGUGUGUCUGCUGUGUGUGUUUUCAGGUGUGUAUGUAAACCUGGUUACCAGGGUGACGGUAUCACCUGUGUGGAGUCAGACCCCUGCGCGCCACCUCUCCGGGGCGGCUGCAGCCUGAACGCUAAAUGUAUAAAAACAGGACCAGGUAAUCACUCCUGUCAGUGUCUGGCCGGGUGGAGGGAGGACGGAGACGAGUGUCAGCCAAUCAACAACUGCAAUGAUCCUGACCGAGGAGGCUGCCACCCUAACGCCACCUGCAUCUACGUGGGACCUGGACAGAGCGACUGUACGUGUAAAGCCGGCUACAAAGGCAACGGGCGAGACUGUGAAGCUGUUAAUCAGUGUGUGACAGGGAACGAAGGCUGUCACUACAUGGCCAGCUGCCGCCGGCUGUCCUCUCAGUGGACGUGUGUUUGUGAUGACGGAUAUGUCGGAAAUGGACAGAUAUGUUACGGCACCGUGGGACAGGAGCUGAUGGCUCUGCCAGACUCCUCCGAGUUCUUCACCUGGACAUCUAAGUCCGGUCUGUCUUUGUCUCUGUCGGAUCAGAACUUCACCCUCAUGGUUCCGUCCUCAGCUGCCGUCGCCAAAAUGUCUUCAGAGGACAAAACCUUCUGGACCAUGAAUGGAAACCUGCCGAGUCUCGUCAGAAAUCACAUGAUCCCGGGUACCUUUCCUUUAUCCAGCCUGAGCGGCGUUUCCUCUCUCACGUCCCUACUCAAGACAACACUUCCCGUUUCAACGACCAAUGAGGUCACGUCUGUUGGAGGAGCGACCAUCACCACACCGAACAUAGCCGCGACCAACGGACUGAUCCACGUCAUUGAUAAGGUUCUGGUUCCUGACAGGAAGCGGAGUGAAGGUCUGCUGGCGACGCUCGCCCUGAGGCCAGACUUCUCUCUGUUCACGUCGUAUCUGAUCGAUUACAACCUAACAGAGGAGAUCGAACAGGCAGACGAGUUCACCGUCUUCGCACCAACAAACGCCGCCGUCAACGAUUACCUCCAGAAAAUGGCUGCAACUGCCCUGGAUGUGAAUACGACCCGUUACCAUGUGGUGGCAUCGGAGCGUCUGCUGAAGACCGACCUUCAGCCUGGAGGAUACAAAGAGACGCUGCUGGGUUUCUCCUUCCAGCUCAGCUUCGUCCCCCGAGACGGGAAGCUGUUUGUGAACGAUGCUCAGAUAAACUCCUACAACAUCCUGAGCGGUAACGGAGUGAUCCACGGUCUGACCGCCGUUCUGCAGAUCAACAGGAAUCGCUGCGACGAGGCCAAAUACCGGAGAGUCCUGGGAAGCUGUCUGGACUGUUUGUUCCCUCAAAGCAAAAUCUGCCCCAACUCCACCGUCCUAGACAAAUCGACGAAGAGGAGGAAAUGUAUGCUCAGUCGGAAGUUUGAAGGAGAGCGCCUGCUGACCAUCGGCUGCAAAGCCACCUGCCUCCAGAAGAACAUCGUGCGGAGGUGUUGUGGAGGGUUUUUCGGGGAGCACUGUGAGCCGUGUCCCGGGCCGAAGGGUCAGCCCUGCUUCGGGAACGGACUCUGCGUGGACGGGACCAACGGGACCGGACUCUGUCAGUGUAACAAAGGCUUCAAUGGGACGGCCUGUGAGACCUGCCAGAGCGGGAAAUAUGGAGUCCACUGUGAUCAGGAGUGCAGCUGUAAAAACGGCCGCUGUGACGAAGGGCUGAAAGGCGACGGGACGUGCGAGUGUGACGUUGGCUGGAGAGGAGUCUUCUGUGACGAAAAGAUCGAGUCCAAAGCUGACGAGAUGUGUGGUUCGGUGAAAUGUCACACCAGUGCAAACUGCGUGACCAGACCGUCCGGCCCUCAGUGUCUCUGUGCUGCUGGAUUUGAAGGAAACGGGACCUACUGUCAAGGUAACAACAAUCAGUUGAUGGUGGUGAUGAAAUCGACGAAGAGGAGGAAAUGUAUGCUCAGUCGGAAGUUUGAAGGAGAGCGCCUGCUGACCAUCGGCUGCAAAGCCACCUGCCUCCAGAAGAACAUCGUGCGGAGGUGUUGUGGAGGGUUUUUCGGGGAGCACUGUGAGCCGUGUCCCGGGCCGAAGGGUCAGCCCUGCUUCGGGAACGGACUCUGCGUGGACGGGACCAACGGGACCGGACUCUGUCAGUGUAACAAAGGCUUCAAUGGGACGGCCUGUGAGACCUGCCAGAGCGGGAAAUAUGGAGUCCACUGUGAUCAGGAGUGCAGCUGUAAAAACGGCCGCUGUGACGAAGGGCUGAAAGGCGACGGGACGUGCGAGUGUGACGUUGGCUGGAGAGGAGUCUUCUGUGACGAAAAGAUCGAGUCCAAAGCUGACGAGAUGUGUGGUUCGGUGAAAUGUCACACCAGUGCAAACUGCGUGACCAGACCGUCCGGCCCUCAGUGUCUCUGUGCUGCUGGAUUUGAAGGAAACGGGACCUACUGUCAAGCUAAAGACCCGUGUCUGGUGGAUAAUGGCGGCUGCAGUCUGUAUGCGGUCUGUAAGAGGACCCGACCCGGCCGAAGAGACUGCGUCUGUAACAGCGGUUACUCUGGUGAUGGAGUCGUGUGUCCCUUCUGGCCGAUGGGGACAGGAAUCGCUCGAGGGUUUCUGGCAGCUCUGGAUUCAGCCUGGAUGAUACGAAGUUGGGCCCAAGGCGGAGCUCCUCUGGACAUCCUGGCAGACAGAGAGAGUGUGUACCGUCUCCUCGCUCAGACGACUCCAGAAAACCUGCAGAAGAACUUCAGUCUGUUUACAGUCGAUCCAGCGACCAGAUACCUGAACAUCAACCGUCUGCUCACAACACCUGCUCAGGUGAGACAUCUGGUGGACACUGGAGAAGAGGCGGGGCUAAACACAGAUUGUGGUGACAUCACCCGUGUGCCGUCACCCAGAUUCCCCAGACAGAGUUCUUUCUCUCAAUCCAAUAAGCUGCUGAGUUGGUGUCAGGAGCAGACUCGUGGUUAUCGCGGUGUUGACGUUAGAGACCUGACUACUUCCUGGAAGAGUGGCCUCGCUCUCUGUGCCCUGAUUCAUCGAUAUCGACCUGAUCUGAUUGACUUUGAGUCUCUGGAUGAGUCGUCGGUGGAAGAAAACACUCGUCUGGGCUUCGACGUGGCUGAACGGGAGUUUGGGAUUUCUCCUCUGAUGACGGUGGAAGAAAUGUCGUCUGUAGGAGAACCGGACUCUCUGUCUGUGGUGAUGUACCUGAGUCAGUUCUACCAGCUGCUCAAAGACACACCGCCCCCUGCUGUUUCAGGUUGUCUGAGUCAGAGUUCUGACCUGAGAUCAGCUCUCAUCACUCCGGCCUCCCUCCUCAGCAGACUGGGACUCAGCCCAUCCAGAAAGAGGAACCCAAAGCUCCUUUGUUUUGCUGACGUUGAGAUGGAAGUUCAGGAUCCAGUCACAGGGGGCACUGUGGAGUCCCAGCUCUCUGAGCUUGGUGACGAGCUCGGAGCCCACAGAGGUGUUGAAUUGUCCAGCUGGGAGUCUGGGGGGUUAGGGUGGAGGUGUCGUGAGUCAGGGAGGGAGGAGGUGAUGAAGGUUUUGAUUAACCCCUCAAAGCACUUCAUGAUGGUGGAGGAGCAGAAAGACGCUCGGGGUAAAAGGAGGAAGACCAGCGGGCCGUGUCGAGAGCAGCAGGAGUCAUGUGACCGCAACGGGGAUGUCGACCGCCAGGAGUAUGAAGAGGCGUUUGUGGGCGGGUCCAGUCGUUCCAGAGUGCGUCUGAUGGCCAAUCAGCUGCAGGCGAAGCUGGACGAGAGCUCUACUUCCUGCAGAAGUUCUUCUUCUGCUGCUGCAGCUUUACGCCGCCAGCAGGGGGAGCUGUUGUCCAGCCUUUCCCCCCCGCCACAGUCUCCGGACCCUCAGCCGGCUGCAGAUCCGCUUCACACGUCGUCAUGGAGACCGAGGAAACGAACUCUUCAGCAGGAACAGAUGAGUUUUCGGUUCAAAGAGAAGAUCAAGUCUCAGUCUGCUCUCAGCGAGGAGGAGCAGUGUCUGCAGAUGUACACAGGUGGAGUGAGCUCAUUGGCCGAGCAGGUGGCCAAUCGCAUUCAGAGUCAGGGGGAAGUGAAUCUGUCCUCAGGCUGCAGCGAUGUCUGUUUCUUCUGUCAGAGGAAAGUUUACCUGAUGGAGCGUUUGAGUGCCGAAGGUUUAUUCUUCCAUCGCAGUUGCUUCCAGUGUUUCCACUGCAGCACCACACUGAGGCUGGCUGCAUACGCCUUCGACCAGCACACAGGUGAGGACACAGGAGUGAUGAACCUGGUGAAUGAUGGGAUGUACCAGCCGGUGACCGUCUUCUUGCCUUCAGAUGGCGUCAUGGCGUCUCUGCCGCAGGAGCAGAAGGACUUCCUGUUCCACAAAGACAACCGACCACAGCUGGUGGAGUAUAUGAAGUACCACAUCCUGCAGGCCCAGAAGAUUUAUGCUGAAGGUUUGAUCCAUCUGGACUCGGCUCGGACUCUGCAGGGUUCACCGCUCUCGUUCAGCUGUGGAGGAACAGACGACAUCGGAGAAAUCUUUGUUAAUGAUGCAAAGUGCCGGAUCGUUCAGAGACACCUCAUCUUUACUGGUGGGAUCGCCUACGGGAUCGACUGCCUGCUGACCCCGCCCAGCCUCGGAGGACGCUGUGAUGAACAGACGACGUUUGACAUUCAGAUGAGCUGUCGACUGUGCUCCUCCUCGACCUCCCGCUGCCCCAAAGAGUCCAAACUAAAGGAGGUUCAGCGCUGCGACCUUCCCACCGCCUACGUCACUAAAAACACCGGCUGCCGCAGCGUCUGCGCCAUCAACUUCUGGCAGCCGAAGUGUUGCCAUGGUUACUAUGGACGAGACUGUCUGGUCUGUCCCGGCGGGGUCGGCUCUCCCUGCAGUAACCGUGGUAAAUGUGACGACGGUCACCUUGGUAACGGUACCUGUACUUGUGAUGCGGGUUUUGAGGGCGUGGCCUGCGAGCUGUGCAGUGCUGGAUUCCACGGAUUCGCCUGUCAAGCCUGUAACUGUUCAGAACACGGGUCAUGUGACGACGGGCGGAAAGGUACAGGUGCGUGUUUCUGUGAGCCCGGUUGGACCGGAGAACGCUGUGAGACCCCGCAGGCUGAAGUCUUUCAGUGUUCUCCGCCAUGUUCUAUAAAAGCCGUGUGCCGAGAAAACAACACCUGUGUGUGUCGGCCAUUUUAUGAGGGAGACGGAUUCACCUGUACAGCGGAAGACAUGUGUCUGUUCUGGAACGGCGGUUGUGCUAAAGGAGCCAGGUGUUCUCAGACAGGAGAAAAGGUGAGCUGCACCUGUCCUAAAGGUCACUCUGGAGACGGGUUCACCUGUCAGCCCAUCGACCCCUGCGUCUCCGGAGACAACGGAGGCUGCCACGAACACGCCACCUGCACCAUGACGGCCCCGGGGAAGAGGAAGUGCACUUGUAAGGACAACUACAUUGGAGACGGACUCACCUGCCAGGUGAAACAGCUGCCAGUCAGCCGCUGUCUCCAAGACAACGGACGAUGUCAUCAAGACGCCAAAUGUACGGACCUCCACUUUGAAGACGCGACGCUCGGUGUGUUUCACUACCGUUCAGAUAAAGGUCAGUACAAGCUGAACUACACAGAAGCUCAACAGGCCUGCGCUGCAGAGGGAGGCAGCCUGGCUACCUACACUCAGCUGUCCUACGCUCAGCAGGGUGGGUUGAACAUGUGUGCGGCUGGCUGGCUGGACCAGGCCCGGGUGGCGUACCCCACCACCUACUCCAACCCCCUCUGUGGCUUUGGACACGUGGGCAUUGUGGACUACGGCACCCGCAAAAACCUCAGCGAGACCUGGGACACGUUCUGCUACCGGAUGAAGGAGGUGAAGUGUGAGUGUAAACCCGGUUACCUUGGAGACGGUUUCAGCUGUGUAGGAAACCUGCUGCAGGUCCUCGAAUCCACACCGACCUUCUCCAACUUCCUCACACAAAUCCUGAACUACUCCCAGGUGUCGGAGUCGGGGAAGCAGUUCGUGAAGCGUCUCAGUGACGUGAUGGUCCAGUCCACGCUGUUUGUACCUGACAACAAUGGCCUGCCUGCCAACCAGACUCUGUCUCAGCGGGCCAUUGAGUUCCACCUGUCGGAGGGUCAGGCUCUGCUCCUCAGCCAGCUGAAGAACGGCAGUCGGAUCAGAACUCGUGUCGGCAGUCUGACCGUCCUCGGAGUCGCUGACCUUCUCAACCCCUCUGCUCUGUCUUCCCGUUACAUCAACGACCGCUUCAUCACAGAAUCGGACAUCCUGGCUAUAAACGGGAUCAUACAUGUUCUCCAGGGACCUCUGAAAGCCCCGCCUCCUCGCCACGAGAUGCACGCGGCUCAUAAGGCCGGGAUGGGAGUCGGGGUGAUGCUGCUGAUUGUUCUGGUGGCCGGAGUCCUCUUUGUUGGAUACCACUUCUACACCCACAACACUAAGCCCUUCCAGUUCCACUACUUCAAGGAGGAUGAAGGGGAGGAAGACGCUCCACCUGCAGACUGCAGUCGCAGCAUCUCUAACCCGGUUUACGAAGCGGCUCCAGAACCUGCAGAGUCCAAGACAUCUGAUGUCACAGCGGAGGACAAACACGAGGUGGUGAACGGAGGAUCGUACGACCUGCUGCAGGACGGCUGAGGGAGAAACUGCUGCUGCUCACCGCUGGACUGGAACCCUCACAACUGUUUUCAUACCUCUGUGGACUGAAAGUCCUCUGACCAGCUUCAAACGAUGUUCAUCGCAGACUGCGUCCUGAGACCCCAACUGCCUCCCAAAACCAUCCGACUGAUGAGGACUCACUGUAGCACCAGUUCAACGCCGCCUGUCAACCAACACUGAUGAUGCAUUCAUGACACUUCUGUGUUAAAUCCCACUAGUGAAGAUUGCCAACUCUUUUCCCCCUGAUUACAAUAAAACACACUUUUAGUUCCACAAAGUGUCUUAAACCUGCUGCUGACAGAGCUCCUUCAGUUUGGUGUGUUUGACUUUCUUUCUUUCAACUGCAUUUCUUGUCAGGACAGAUGCGACAUUUAACAUUUUAAACUGAGAUUUUUGUGCAGAUAAUGAAAAACAAAGUGAAGAAUCAUGUAAAAGUGUGAAGUUAAAUAUUGAAUAAACCAUCAAACCAUGUUGAAGAUUCA